AUGGAAGGCACUCACUCCACCCUUCAAUUGCACAAACCCAUUACUGAACUCUGCUACAUCAGCUUCUAUCUUCCAAAGGGGAAAGUCAGAGGAUUUUCAUAUAAGGGUACUGUAACUCUAGACAAAUCCAAUAAAGGGUUUCAAAACUGCUAUCAAGUCAGGGAGGGGUCAGAUACCAUCAGCCUCAUGCAGCAGCCAUAUGAGAAUCCGGGGGACAUUUUUUUCAAGCAAACCACUACAAAAGAUAUCCUCAUUGAGCUCUACAAGCUCACUGCGGAGAAAGAGAGGCUGCUGGCCAAUCUGCUGAGCUCACACCACAUCCUCGGGAUUAAGAUGGGGAACCAGGAGGGGAAGCUUCCUGAGCUGUCUGGGGGCCUGGAAUUUGAGGAUGACUAUUUCCAGAGUUCUGGAAGCUUGCAAGUGGAACCACUGGCAGGCUCUUUGGACAAGAGGACAACUCUGAAGAACAAAAAACCCAAAAGGUUUGGCAAGAGAAGGGAAAGCUUUGAGGAGCUUCUGCAGAAGAGACUGAGAAGGAAAGAGCAAGGGGGGCAAGAAACAACUCCUGGAUCAAGGAGGGGAGACCGGGUUUCUUCAGGCAGCUUCCCUUCUCAUUCUUGGACGAAGUCCAGUCUUCGGCAUCUGGAAGACAGGGGGAACUUGCCCCUGAAUAGGACUUUUUCCUCCCCACGACAGAGGAGAGAUAGCUUUUCUCCAGAAAUCUCCAGGCCCCUAAGGUUAGAGCCAGACCUCAGGGGCUCGCUGGCUGGCUAUGAGAAUGCUACACGAGGAGGAGAGACACUUCCUGCAAGUUGUAACUCCAUGGGGGGAGCUUCCCCCAAAACUGUUGCUCCUGGUGUUCAGGUGCCACAGGGCAGAUCUCCUAGGGCUGACAGUCAGCGAGCUGGUUCAUUGGAGAGGUGGGAGAACUCUGAGAAGGGCCUAGAAGCAGAGAGGUGUGGUCAGAAACCAACCAAGAAGACACGGAGGAAGAGACCGGUCACCAGAGUGGUGACCAAAGUCCAGGAUCUGUCUGCUCAGGUGCAGAGAGUUGUUAAAACCCAACCUGAUUCUGAGCAGAGGAAUACUUCUUUCCAUGGCCGAGACACAGGAGAGGGGGCUCCUCUUCCUUCUGCCACCCAGUCUGAGUAUUUCCCCAAAGCAGAUCUGCUCACACUCCCUGGAGAGGAGGUCCCAGCAAAGCCAGCCAAGAGGCAGGGGAAAAGGCCCCAAGGAGACAGGGCCCAGCCACUGACCAGAGAACAAGCACCUCUUCUCAAUGAAUCUUCUGGCCUGGUGGGAGCCGUGAAUAAAGCCCUCCUGAAGGUGAUGCAGAGUGAGAGUCUAGAUGAAGUCAAUGAAUGGAAAAGACUGGGUUUCCCUGACACCAGGAGAACCGUCCGCCCCCUCCCAGAGGCCAGGAUCAACAGGAAAGCUGGGCUGCCCCCGAGCAGCCAGCAAGCCUUGCCUCUGAGUGGGUCCCACAAAGUAGACUUUGGCUCUCCCCUACCAAGGGCAAAAGAGAAGAGACCUUCCCCUCCAUCACCUGCACCUGUCACCACUCUGUUUAAUAAUUCAUCCCCACCAGCCAACACGCCUAGACAAAUGUCACCUGUUCCAUCUCUUUUAUCUUCAAAGCUUCCCAGCCCCCAGCUGCAUCACCGUAUUCUCCGGCUCCCUCCUCAGCUUGGUGAGAGGGAAGCUGCCCUUCAUGAGAGCCCAGGAAGGAAGCUGGGUACCUCCUCUGUGCAUCAGCCUUCUACCGGGGUCACGGACACUGAAGGAGCCGGGCUGGCCUCCCUCCCAGCAGGCCUGCCUUGGUUCCUGCCUGGGGAACAUUUGGAAAAGGGGCCAGAGCAAGGGAAGGCUGCUGCUUUGCCCCAGCACCAGCUGCCUCCAGGCAUUUCCCUAGAGGGCUUCAUCAAGGAUGGCUUCACUGAACAGUCAACAUAUAAAGACAAUUCCAGUAGGGAUGGAGAUGUAUGGGUCCUGGGAUACAGACCAGGACCAUCCUAUCCCUUCUUGGUUCAUGAGGAGAAAGAGAAACCCAACAGGAGUGAAUUGCAUUUGGACCUUCAUGCUGACCAGAGUCCCACUGAGCAGGAUGAUAGAACUCCUGGACGACUCCAGGCUGUGUGGCCACCUCCAAAGACAAAAGACGAAGAAGAAAAAGUAGGAUUGAAGUACACUGAAGCAGAAUACCAGGCUGCAAUUUUACACUUGAAGAGGGAACACAAAGAAGAAAUUGAAAACCUUCAGGCCCAGUUUGAACUGAGGGUCUUCCACAUUCGGGGAGAGCACGCUGUAAUAACGGCAAGACUAGAAGAAACCAUUGAAAAUCUCAAGCGUGAGCUGGAGCAUCGGCUAAGCGGAGGAUGUGAAAAGACCAGAGAUGCCUGCAUCUCUACAGAAGAUGACUAUCCGCCAAAGACCUUCCGAAAUGUCUACAUUCAGACGGACAGAGAGACUUUUUUAAAACCCAGUGAAGAUGAAAGCAAAACCAUCAAAAGUAACCAAAUAGUACCCAAAAAGCUGAACAUCUCCUCUCUAAACCAAAUCUCUCCUCCAAAUGACAACAAAGACACCACCUCAACCUUCCAGUCUUUAGAAAGCUGCCCAUCCAGUCAACAACAGUCAUCUCCCACCCCUGCUUCUCCACUGGCAACAAUAAUCCCUGUGCCUCCUCCCCUUCCACCAGGACUUGGACCUCCAUCAUCGCCAUCACAGUCCAGUGCGGGGCCACCACCUCCUCCUCCACCACCACCACCACCUCCUCCGCCUCCUCCCCUUCCUCCCCCUCCCCCUCCUCUUCCAUUACCCCUAAGUGCUGGGACCCCACCUCCGCCUCCCCCCCUUCCUGUCCCACCACCUCUCCCUAGCACUGGGCCACCACCUCCUCCUCCCCCAGCUCCUCCAGGAAUUGGACCACCACCUCCUCCUCCUCCCUUCUUUGGAGGCAACACAUCCUUCAGCCAGAUUCCUCGAAAGCCUGCCAUUGAACCCAGCUGUCCCAUGAAGCCUCUCUACUGGACUAGAAUACAGAUAAGUGGUGGAAGCCAAAGUACUACACCAACCUUAUGGGACUCCCUAGAAGAACCUGAUAUACAAGACCCCAGUGAAUUUGAGUAUUUAUUCUCCAAAGACACGAUUCAACAAAAGAAAAAGCCAUUGUCAGAAUCCUUUGAGAAGAAAACCAAGGUCAAAAAGAUCAUCAAACUGCUAGAUGGAAAACGAUCUCAGACUGUGGGAAUCUUGAUAUCUAGCUUACAUUUAGAAAUGAAAGAUAUCCAACAAGCAAUUUUCAAUGUGGAUGAUUCUGUGGUAGACUUGGAAACAUUGGAAGCCCUGUAUGAAAAUAGAGCCCAGAAGGAUGAGCUGAUAAAAAUAAGGAAACAUUAUGAAACCUCCAAAGAAGAGGAAUUGAAACUACUGGACAAACCUGAACAGUUCUUAUACGAGUUAGCCCAGAUUCCAAAUUUUGCUGAACGUGCCCAGUGCAUAAUCUUCAGAUCUGUCUUUUCAGAAGGUAUUACCUCCGUUCAUCGAAAGGUGGAGAUCAUUACACGGGCUUCAAAGGGUUUGCUAGACAUGAAGAGUGUAAAGGACAUUUUAGCCUUGAUCCUGGCUUUUGGGAACUAUAUGAACGGAGGGAACAGGACUCGGGGCCAGGCAGAUGGAUAUAGCUUGGAAAUUCUGCCCAAACUCAAGGAUGUCAAAAGUCGGGAUAAUGGGAUUAAUCUAGUGGACUAUGUUGUGAAGUACUACCUGCGCUAUUAUGACUCGGAGGCAGGAACAGAGAAGAGUAUUUUUCCUCUCCCUGAACCACAGGAUUUCUUUCUGGCUGCCCAAGUCAAGUUUGAAGACCUCAUUAAAGACUUGAGAAAGCUGAAGAGGCAACUGGAAGCAAGUGAGAAGCAGAUGGUAAUUGUGUGCAAGGAGUCCCCAAAGGAGCAUCUCCAGCCUUUUAAGGACAAACUAGAGGUGUUCUUCCAGAAAGCAAAAGGAGAGCACAAAAUGGAAGAAAUCCACUUGGAGAAUGCUCAGAAAAGUUUUGAAACAACAGUAGGAUAUUUUGGGAUGAAGCCAAAGUCCGGUGAGAAAGAGAUCACGCCCAACUAUGUGUUUAUGGUGUGGUAUGAAUUCUGCAGUGACUUCAAGACCAUUUGGAAGCGAGAGAGUAAGAAUAUUUCUAAAGAAAGGCUGAAAAUGGCCCAGGAAACCGUCAACAAGUUAACAGCAGAGAAGAAGGUGGAGACCAAGAAAAUCAAUCCCACUGCCAGUCUGAAAGAGAGACUACGUCAGAAGGAAGCCAGUGUGACCACCAACUGA